AUGGCUAUUGGCCUUUUCGGUCUUGACUCUACGCUUGCUGGUCCCUGCAAGGCUCGAACUUCUAUUACGACAAAGGUGCCAAGGGAAAUCAUUUCGGAGAUGGCUGACAACAGUUUCUCUUCAGCUACGGAUGCAGUGACUUCUACUUUGGCUGAUUCAACAACGCAGUCUCCUACAACAACGGCAGGGGAAAUCUCUGCCGUGGCGUCGUCCGAGACACUUACUGGAACUGUCGCAACCACAAUCGCUUUGGACACCACCGCCGCCAUCACCACCACCACAUCCGAGACCGAAACGACAACAGCUGCAGCGGUGACCACCGCAGCUCCCUUAGCAACCCCGAACUUCACCAUUACUGGCGAUGGCGGCUCUGUGAAUGGUGGCCCCCUUCAAGGCGUUGAUCAAAAUGGAAGUGUCAUGCUAUUCUGCCCAGAAGGAGGAAACCUCCGCACCCGAACACUCACUCUGGAUCCUAAAACUGGCCGAUUACGAGACAAGUAUACUGGAAAUUCUGUUUGCGUUUACUACGGCUCUGCCAACUCGCCUUCAGACCCGGCGUACUUUGGAUAUUGCCAGAAUGGCAACACUGGUCCUAACACAGCCUUUGACUAUGUCACCCGCGACAUCUUCAACGGCAAGCUUGCUUGUACGGCCCCAAAGGCGUCUUGCCCAACGGAUGACGAUGGCAAUCCUUUAGGUUGUUCCACUGAUCCCUCCAGUGAUGUGCACAAUCAAUUUUACUACAAGUAUGAGGCUAGAAAUGGGUAUUACCUGUACAUUUCUAGUGGUAGUCCCAGCGGCUUCACACCUAUUGACCUCAAUGUCCACGAUGUUUGA